AUGCCCAUAUAUUGUAGAUUAAAAUCGGUGCAAAAUUUUUUCGUUAAGCAUAAAUUUGCACCGUACCCUAAUUUGAGGCCAUCACUGAAUGUUUUCUCUAAAUAUCCCUCUAAAUUAUUACAAUUUGAUGAUAAUCCAUCUCGAGAAAUGCGGCGAAUUGCUAGUUUAAGAAGAAAUUAUGCAAAUGUUCACAUUCAAGCAAAAAAUAUGCUAUUUAUACAUUAUUUAAUUAAAAGGAUUGUUUCAACUCAUUCGGUACGAAUACGAUUGGAUGAUUUGCGAUCAGCAGAAUUUGGAUUAUCAAAUAAAGGAUCAAGUAGAUCAGAUAGAAGUUUUACUGGGCUUAGACGAUCAUUGCCAACACGAACAACAACAUCAACUACUACAAGCAUUGAAAAGGCAGUAAAAUCAAAGCAAUAA